GCACUCACACUUUUGCAUCACCAAACCUACUCCAAAAAACCAAACCCAUCUUCCCUCUUCCACUAUGUCUCCAUCAUCAAACUACAUUUCCUUCCUUCUCUUCACAACCCUCUUGCUACCUCUUCAAGCCAUAGCUAGAGAUAGUGAAUUCUUCAGCAAAGUCACUCAUUUCAACAAAGAAACACUAAGUCCCAACAAAGAAGAAUCACCAACAGUCACAAACAAACCAGAAGAGCAACAACCAUCUUUCAUCCCUCAAACUGAAAACAGCUAUGGCUUAUAUGGCCAUGAAUCCGAUCACCUUCCAACAAACACCGCCGCAACAAACUCCGAGUUCGAAAACAACAACAAGUACUACAACAACGAUGCCUAUAACACAAAGUACUACAACAAGGAUCCUUUUGGAAAUAACCAAAAUGAGUUGAGUGACACAAAGUACAAUGGAGAAGGUUACAAUUACAACUCCAUGAUGGAAAAACAAAACAACAAUGAAAGACCACUCUACAACAACAAUAAUUAUUACAAUGGUGAGAAACAAGGGAUGAGUGACACAAGAUUCUUGGAAGGUGGAAAAUAUUUCCAUGAUAUUAACAAUGAGAAAUACAAUCCAACAAUGUAUGGCGAUUCAUAUUCUAAAGGAGUUAGCACAAAUAAUUGGUACAACAACCGAGGUAACAGCUAUAACUCUAACAACAAUGGUAACAACAAUGGUUACAACAAUGAAUACUACCAGAAUAACCAUGGCAACUACAAUGGUUAUAAGAACCAAGAGGUGAAUCAGUUUGAAGAUGAACAAAAUGAGUUUGAGCCAUGAGAAUUUGGUUUGGGAUCAUUAGCAAAAUGAAGAAUUCAUUUUACUUUUGAAGUGUUUCUUGUGUGGGCUUUUUCUAUGUUUUACUGUGCUAAUUUGGAUUAAAAAAACAGAUUAAAGAAUAUAUAAGUUAAUUAAUUAUAUUAUGAAAGUUUUUUGUUUUGUUUUUACAUUAGUUGUAUUUCUAUAUACUGUCUUGUUUCUGUUAUUGAAAUGUUUUAUUUUGAA